AUGCCGAUUGAGUGCCUGCCUGUGCCCCACGUGCCUUUGGGCUACCUGGUACAGCGACUGAGCUUGUCUUCGCUCUUGCUCCUCUUCCGACUGGCUUUGCUGGAGCGGAAGGUUGUGCUGCGCUCCUCCUCUGCUUUCACUCUGGCGGCCUGUGGCGAGGCGAUCACCUCCCUGCUGCUCUUCCCCUUCCGCUGGCAGUGUGCUUUCUCCGUGUUCGACCUGGAUGUUGGGGAAGUGGAGAUCGAGUCGGCGGCUGUGAGGUUGCCAGAGCUACCCAGCAGCGUGCAGGCAAGGCUCCGGGCAGGGGUCAGCCGUUUGAUGGCGAACACUGGCAUCGAGGCUUUGACGGCAAAA